AUGUCACGUUUCCCCGGCUUUCAGCAUCUUCUCCGGCUCCUUCAGGAUCACGGAGAGAUGGAGCGGCUGCUGCUGGGGCUUCUGAUCCCGGGGCUCCCGGUGCUCUGCUCACAUGAUGACCGGGAGGAGGAGGAGGAGGCUCGGAGCACCGGCGGCUUCCAGGUGGUGCGCUGGGAAUGGCACAUGGUGCAGACUCCCUAUCUGGUGGCCUUGUGGAUCUUUGUGGCCAGCCUGGCCAAGAUCGUUUUCCACCUGUCCAGGAAGGUGACCACCGUCGUUCCCGAGAGCUGCCUGCUGAUCAUCCUGGGACUGGCCCUUGGAGGGAUUGUCUUGGCCAUUGCCCAAAGGGCUGAGUUCCAAUUAGAGCCGAGUAUGUUCUUCCUCUUUCUGCUCCCCCCAAUCGUCCUGGACUCCGGCUACUUCAUGCCCACUCGCCUCUUCUUCGACAAUAUUGGUGCCAUUCUCAUGUACGCUGUGGUGGGCACAGUAUGGAAUUCCUUCGCCACUGGAAUCGCCCUGUGGGGCGUAAAGCUGUUGGGGCUUAUGGACCCUCAGGUGGAGGCCGGUCUGAUGGAUUUCCUGCUCUUCGGCAGCCUUAUUUCAGCUGUUGACCCCGUCGCUGUGCUGGCGGUGUUUGAGGAGGUUCAUGUCAAUGAGACCCUAUUCAUCAUAGUAUUUGGAGAAUCGCUGCUUAACGAUGCCGUCACUGUGGUUUUGUACAAAGUGUUUAAUUGCUUUGUUGAGAUGGGACCAGGGAACAUCCAGGCGGCUGAUUACAUGAAAGGUGUGGGCUCCUUCUUUGUGGUGAGUCUUGGAGGAACAGCCGUUGGUUUAGUGUUUGCUUUCCUGCUCGCCCUCAUCACCCGGUUUACAAAGCGUGUCCGCAUCAUAGAACCUCUGUUCAUCUUCGUGAUUGCCUAUCUCGCCCACCUCACCGCAGAGAUGGUGUCGCUUUCUUCUAUAUUAGCGGUGACAUUCUGUGGCUUGUGCUGCAAAAAAUAUGUUGAAGCAAACAUCUCCAACAAGUCCAGGACCACUGUCAAGUACACGAUGAAGACUUUAGCCAGCAGCUCUGAGACGAUCAUCUUCAUUUUCCUUGGAAUAUCAGCAGUGGACACCUCCAAGUGGAUGUGGGACACGGCCCUGGUGCUGUCCACACUCCUCUUCAUCUUUGUGUUCAGGGCUGUUGGUGUUGUGCUGCAGACAUGCGUUUUAAACCACUUUAGACUCCUCCCACUGGACAGGAUAGACCAAGUUGUGAUGUCGUACGGUGGCAUUCGGGGCGCAGUCGCCUUUGCUCUAGUCAUUUUGCUAGAUGGGAGAAAAGUGAAAGCUAAAGACUAUUUUGUGGCAACUACGAUUGUGGUGGUGUUUUUUACAGUCAUGUUUCAGGGUCUGACCAUCAAACCUCUUGUCAAGUGGCUAAAAGUGAAGAGGCAAGACCACCACAAGCCUACGCUGAGUGAAGAACUGAAUGAGCAUGCUUUUGACCACAUAAUGGCAGCCGUUGAGGACAUCAUAGGCCACCAUGGCUACCAUCAUUGGAGAGACAAGUGGGAGAAGUUUGAUAAGAAUUACCUGAGUCAGCUUCUGAUGAGGAAAUCUGCAUAUCGGAUCAAGGAUGAGAUAUGGGAGGUUUGCUACAAACUGAACAUUCGGGAUGCAUUAAGUCUGGCAGAUCAGGGAGGUCAUAUAGUAUCACCGGAUAGACUGUCGUUGCCAUCCAUGCCAAGCCGAGCAUCCAUGUCGGAGACAUCAGUGACCAACCUUCUGCGGGAGAACGGGAGCAAAGCGUGUCUGGAUCUUCAGGCUAUUGACACUGUGCGCAGUGGGCGGGACAGAGAAGACGCAGUUAUGCAUCAUGUGCUGAGGGGCAGUCUCUACAAACCACGCAGGAUGUGCAAAGCCAGCUACAGUCGCCACUUUUUGACCCAGGAUGAACAAGAACGGCAGGAAAAAGAGGUUUUCCAGCAAAACAUGAAACGAAGAUUGGAGUCUUUUAAAUCCACAAAGCACAACAUCUGCUCAUCCAAGUCACGGCUAAAGAAAGAUGGACGCAAGAAGAGAAGAACUAGCAUGGAGCUUGAGUCACGAAAUGGAAGACAGAGCAAAGCUGUGAGCUGGAAAAAUACCGCAUCCAUUGUGGUCACUGCCGACUCAGAAGAUGAUUUUUCAGAUGUUAUGAUAGAAGAGGACGAGGGUAUAACCUUUGUUGCUCGUGCAACAGAUGAGAUUCUCCACAAUGUUAAAAUCUCAGGAAUGUUGGGAGUCUGUCAAAGUCCUCGAAUUGCCCCACCAUCACCAACUAUGGCUGAGAAGGUUCUUCCAUGGAAAGGGGAGCCAGAUGAAAACAUGGUCCGUAUCUCUUUAGAGACUACAAAAAUAGUCCCGGUUGAUCUACAAAAGUCCUGGAAGCAAAGCAUCUCCUCUUUAGAGAGCAUUGGGUCUCCACCAGCUCCUGACACCAACUCAGAUGGAGCUAAGUGUUUGAGGCAGGAGAUUUGCAGUCCACCAGCCCUUCAGACUCUGCCAGAGACCUGCAGCUGUUUUCCUUUCACUGGUUCUCAAUCACAAGGUAUAAAAAGUCAUUUAGGUUCUGCAGACAUCCAGCAACAAGAACUUCAACCAUUAAUGCCCCCGGAAGAGGUUUUUGGUUCGAGUCCUGUGUCUAUCAGGCAGAACCAUAACAAAAGACGACUGCAGCUUCAUCGAACUUCCAAAAUCUGA